CAGUUUUACAACAGCUUCCGGGGGGGAAGCAUAACAAGACGGCAUUGCUUCCAGUAGUAGCUAGAUAUUUAGCGUAUUGUGUUUUGCCGGUGUAGAUGGAUUAGAAAAGAAAAUAAUGAAAAUAAAUGAUUGGUUUUAGCUCAGAGCUUGCGUCAAUUCAGCUUUAGCAUAUUUUAGUGUUUUACACACUGUCUAAAUGGGUGCAUAUUACUGUGCUAUAUGUAGGCAAACAACGUUCACUGGAAAGGGACACAUCUUCGGAAAAAAUCACCAAAGCAGACUUAGAGUGGUUCUCCUUAAAUUUUUAGAAAAGGUGAAAGAAGCUCGCCGAACACUUAAAAAACCCCAAGUAGAAAAGUUUGAUUACACCCAGCACAAGCAGACAUUCUGGUGCUACUGCUGUGGGCUUGAAAUUGAAAGAAAUGUUACAGACGGCAACAUGACUGUGCUGUACGGAGGCUUGUUGGAACACAUGGCCACCUCCGAACACAGGAAGAAUACUCACAAGUUCUGGUGGGACAAUAAGGCCGACCCCAAGUUUAGAGACAAGGUCAUCAUCACAGAGGAGGAAACUGAAAGAUUUAAAGCUGAGGUGGAAAAAGCAUUGGAAUCAUUUGUGGAGAAGGAGGAUGAAUUCAUAACACAGCAAGCUGAUCACAUCCGGGCGCAGGAGAAGCAUCGUCAAGAGGUCCUUCAGUCUCUUUUAGAGCGUGAAGCAGAGCCGGAGUCGUUCAACGGACCCAACGGCACAGACGUGUCUGCUGAGGAUGCUGUCAGCUCUCAAUUUGCAUCUCAAGGAUCAGAGCAGCAGGCGGGGAGCAGCUUUGUCGAGUCAAUGGUCCAAGCACCGCGAGCUGCAACAGGACAAGGCCUGACUUUCAUUGGCUAUCAGGAUUCAUCAAACAGUGGAAAUGUUCAUACAGGUGCCGUCCCUCCUUGGCUCCAGGCCGAUCCUCUGGAGGGGACCUCUGGAACUGCAGCUCAUCUGGAGAUCGGCCCAUCGCUCCAAGAGUUCCUCAAACAGAAGGAGCAAGAGAAGCUGAGGAAGCUUCCACCGAACAGAGUGGGCGCCAACUUUGAUCACAGCUCACAUACAGACGCCAACUGGCUUCCCUCCUUUGGAAGAGUGUGGAACAGUGGCCGACGCUGGCAGUCCAGGCACCAAUUCAGACAAGAGGAAGGGCAGACCAACAGACAGAAGAGGAAGAGGGAGCACGGUGCAGACGGGUCAAAGAAAGCAAAAACAACUGUACAGCUGACAAAUUCUGACAACACUUAAAACGGAGUAUGGUGUGUGAGAAGUUAUGAGUGAAGGGAUGUAUAUAGUUUGCAGGAUGUGAAUGACUUUAUACUAUAUUUCUGAGUAGUUAUGCUUGGGCUGACUAGACACCCUAGUGUGUGUGUGUGUGUGUGUGUGUGUGUGUGUGUGUGUGUGUGUGUGUGUGUGUGUGUGUGUGUGUGUGUGUGUGUGUGUGUGUGUGUGUGUGUGUGUGUGUGUGUGUGUGUGUGUGUGUGUGUGUGUGUGUGUGUGUGUGUGUGAAAUUAUAACAGUUUGUAAAGUUUGCAGUAUAGACAUUAACUUAGUAUAUAAGGCAGUGCCUCUUGGAUUACUGUUAGAAAGUUACCUUUGAUUAUUGUGUUUUGUAUAAAAACUGUAUGGUCCAACAUUACAAUACUAUUUCAAAUUUUUUUUUUUUAUCAAUUUAAUUGUGUACACUUACUUAAUAACACCCUGCUGCACACUCAAAGAUUUAAACCAAAUUGGUGCUGCCACUCAGUUGGUCACUGACCUGCUCCAUUUAAUCAGCUGAAAUCAGUGGCUUCAAUCAAAGGCAACCAAGAGAAAAGCCUUUAUUACGUUUUUUGUUUUUUUUCAAGAUACUGGUUAGACUACAGCUCUUUGAGAGGACAGCAUGACAACUGCUCUGGGAAGUAAACAGCAGGGGGCGCCAGCCAUGUAACGAACAAAAGCCCCUGCUGUGUGAUUGAGAAGAUUUUAUGUUUUUAUUAGAGCUAAGUGAUUUGUCUCUGUCUAAAAUUCUGACCAUUUUAUAUAUUUUGCAAGCAACCUUUAAUGGCAAUACACGAAUGAAAGCAGCAGUUGUCAGUGUUUCUAAGAUCAUCUCUUUUUUUUUUUUUUGCAGUGAACCUGUACAACCAAAUGAGCUUUCAUUUCCCUUUUCAGAUCAUGUUACGUGAUGAAUUACUGGAAAAGGCUUAAAGGCUACCUAUGCAAAUGUUUUUCGUUUUGAAAUCAGAUGUGAUAAUAUUGGAAGUAUUGGAAAAAAAGUGUAUCCUAUAUCUUUUGUUUCAAUCAAAUCAACCUUUUAAAUUUAUUGCUCUCUAAAACGAGAAUGAUCCACCUGUUUUCUUAUCCUUUAUUAUAGAAAGAAGGAAUUUAGGUUCUAAAAGUAAAGCUUUUAGUGUUUGUUUUUUUCAGAAGCUGAAUUAAACAUGGUUGGGUAACGACUUAAAAGUAUACUGGUAACGGGACGUCUCAAACUAAUGGACACCAGGUGGGAGGACAUUACCAAUAGUCAGUCACAAGUGACAGCUGUUGUGCACUUGAGCAUAACUUGUAGAGGUGAAUGAAAACUUGAUGUGCCACUUGAAUAGGCAUAUUUUGCACAUAUAGGGCUGGGGCCCUAAAAGCCUUAAAAUCCAACUUUUUGUCUACUGCUGCUCUCUUAAGUACAUCCAUGAUAAGUGAUUGUUUUGAUAUUUCAGAAUUGUGUGGUGCAUAAAAUGAUAUAUCACUUGAUAA